AUGGCUCCUCGCUCCGAGGCGAGUGAGGGGCAGCGCCCCCUCACCCCCUCCAGAACCCCCGGCACGCCGAUGAAACCGCGACUGGCUCGAGUGCAGAACAGCCCUACGAAGCGCGAGCAGAAACCGAAGGAGGAACAGCCAGUGAAAUCGUCCGCCAAAGAUGUUGCAGAGCUCAAGGACUAUCAAUUGGGCGACUGCCUGGGAAAAGGUGCUUUCGGAUCUGUCUAUCGCGCGCUGAACUGGAAUACCGGAGAGACUGUUGCAGUCAAGCAGAUCAAGCUCGCGGAUCUCCCCAAGAGUGAACUGCGCGUUAUCAUGCUUGAAAUCGAUCUCCUCAAAAACUUGGACCAUCCAAACAUCGUUAAGUACCAUGGGUUUGUGAAGUCCGCGGAAACUCUAAACAUCAUCCUGGAGUAUUGUGAAAACGGAUCGCUUCAUUCCAUUGCAAAGAACUUCGGUCGAUUCCCCGAGAAUCUUGUGGGUCUGUACAUGUCGCAAGUCCUCCAUGGACUCUUGUAUCUGCACGAGCAGGGUGUAAUUCAUCGUGAUAUCAAAGGUGCGAAUAUCUUGACGACCAAGGAAGGCCUUGUCAAACUUGCGGACUUUGGUGUGGCAAGCCGCACAACGGGUCUGAGCGAGUCCAGCGUUGUCGGAACGCCCAACUGGAUGGCCCCCGAAGUUAUUGAACUCUCCGGUGCGACAACUGCUUCAGAUAUCUGGAGUUUAGGAUGCACAGUCAUCGAGCUGCUUGAGGGAAAGCCUCCAUACUACAACAUGGCACCGAUGCCGGCGUUGUUCCGAAUCGUCAAUGAUGAUCAUCCGCCUCUUCCCCAGGGUGCAUCUCCGGCCGUGAAAGACUUUCUCAUGCAAUGCUUCCAGAAAGACCCCAACCUUCGAGUGUCUGCGAGAAAACUACUGAAGCAUCCGUGGAUCGUCAACGCCCGCCGCUCUGAUUCUGUUGUCCCCAAGAAGUCUACCGAGUACGACGAAGCUGUCAAAAGCGUGCAAGAGUGGAACGAAGCUUUGCGGUCUCCAGAAACCGGUACGACACGUAAGAACAAUAGAUUAGAUCAACAUGCCGCCCCGCUGCCGGCACGGAAUACCCCCCUCAUGGAUACACUUCCAUCCCCAACAUCGGUCAAGGCCACGGACAGAUUUCGCUCACCUGAAUCGGCAGAGGAUGACAAUUGGGAUGAUGAUUUUGCAACUGCAAUUUCACCGAGCGCUCUUCAAUUGCCUCACUUACGUCCCCACGAUAAUUUCGGCGGCAUGCUUUCUUCGGAAAGACUAAAGGCUUUUGCCUCACUUGAUGGUACGAUGAUGAGACCUGACGACAGCUUUGACGAGUUUGAUGAAACACGUGGUUCUCUUCCAACAGAGAACGACCCCUUACAAACAAUUCGACCUUUACCCGCCAGACCUAUCGCUGCCGAACCAUCAAAAUCUCAAAGUCUAACUCGGCGUCAGCCAAGCAAACCUUCGGCUUCUGCCUUCCAGAAAGUCCCGAUUUUGCAAACCCCUGUGCCCAACAUGAGAAGAGAACGACCAGCGCAUCUCUACAAGGAGAACUCAGUCGAGGACUACACCGACCUUAUCAUGGCCAACGAAGAUGUGCUUGAUGUGAAGCUGGGAGCCUAUCAGGUAAGGAAAUACACUCUCUUCGGGAAAAAGCGAGUAGUGUUUAACCCAUCCAAGGGCUUUGAUGACGAUCCGGCUUCUCCUGUUCACGAAAACGUUGUCAAUGCAUUCGAGGAUGACCUCAGUGGCCAACACCCCCAGCUUCGAAAGCAGCUCUCUGUCAAGCGCGAUCGCUCCGCCAUUGAAAUCCAAAAAUUUGCCGAGAACGAACGUGACGAAGACUUCUCAGAUAUCCUUGGUGCGGAUCAAGUUGCCUUGGAUAAACCCGAGAGCGAUAACGGGUCUGACAAAAGCACGUUGUUGCUGAACACCAAGCUAUCAAACAACUCGUGGCUGGGUGAUCAGGACGAUGAAGACGAUCCUUUCGCGCAACUGGAAGAAGGAUUUGACGAAAUGGAUCUCGAAGCCAACAUUCAGCGAGACAAAAAUGCCCGUCUUCGUAGCCAAGUAGAGGAUCUGGUUGGUUCUUUGAAGACUUCUCAGGACGAGGAUCUGCUUGCGGAAAUCUCCGAACAGUUGCUCGCCGACUUUUUCGACCUCCCUGAUACCAAGAACAUCAUCAUCAGUGCUCACGGCAUGCUGCCCAUUCUGGAAAUCCUUGACACAUGUCGCCGCCGAGACGUCAUCUUUUACCUCUUGCGAAUCGUCAACGCCAUCAUCUACAAUGAUUAUGAGGUUCAGGAAAACCUUUGUUUCGUGGGUGGAAUCCCCAUCAUCAACGAGUUCGCGUCCAAGAAAUACCCCCGUGAGAUUCGACUGGAAGCUGCUGCAUUUGUGCAGCAAAUGUACCAAACCUCGACUCUCACUCUGCAAAUGUUUGUCAGCGCUGGUGGUCUCAACGUCCUGGUUGAGUUCCUGGAGGAUGAUUACGAAGAUGAACGUGAUUUGGUUUUGAUUGGAGUGAACGGAAUCUGGAGUGUCUUCGAUCUACAAGGCUCAACUCCGAAGAACGACUUCUGCAGAAUCUUAUCUCGCAAUUCAGUUCUCGAUCCGCUCUCACUUGUCCUCAGUCGGGUUUUAGACGAGGAGGGAGAACUUGCAGAACUUGUUGAAGCUCGUAUCGCGAGCAUUUUCUUCAUCUUCUCGCAGGCUGAGAACCACGUUAAGGAGAUGGUUGCAGAGCGAACAGUCUUGCACAGAGUCCUGAAGGAACUUAAGCGAAUGUCGCCCAUGCACCAAGUCACCAUGUUGAAGUUCAUCAAGAACUUAUCCAUGCUUUCGACGACUCUGGAUGCGCUCCAAAACUCCAACGCUAUCGAUGUUCUGACCGACCUUCUGCGAUCCGCUAUGAAGCACACUCACCCUCACUUCCGUGAGAUUUCGAAUCAAAUCCUCAAUACCAUCUACAACAUGUGUCGCUUGAACAAGCCCCGGCAGGAGGAUGCUGCUUUGAAUGGCAUUGUGCCUCUCCUUCAGAGAAUCGUGAACACAACCCGUCCCCUCAAAGAAUUUGCUCUUCCCAUUCUUUGCGAUAUGGCGCAGUCUGGAAAGGUUGGCCGUCGUGAAUUGUGGCGCAAUAAGGGUCUUGCUUUCUACAUCUCCCUACUCACGGAUCCAUACUGGCAGGUGACCGCUUUGGAUGCUAUCUUUACAUGGCUCCAGGAAGAGACUGCGAAGGUCGAGGAGAACUUGCUGGACAAUCGAUACGACAAGGCUUCUUUUUCCGAUUCAAUUGUCGAGUGCCUGACCCAGGCAAAGGCUAAUGCGUUCGAGAACAUCCUUGAGCCUCUCCAAAAGCUCCUUCGACUGAGCCCUCCAGUUGCCUCAACCAUGGCACGGUACGAUCUUUUUACCCGGCUGGGACAGAAACUACACCACAACAAGGCUGCGGUGCGACUGAACAUCCUGCGCAUCAUCUCGAGCAUUUGUGACUCCUGUGAGCAACAAGGUGGACUCAUCGUUUCUUAUGGUCUGCUGGGUGCCAUUCGCGAACUCGAGAAUGAUCCCGCUAUUCUUGUCAGGGACAUGGCUGGUAAAUUGAUCGAGUCAAGCGAAAACAGCGAGGCCUUCGGUGGUCCCAAGCGUCGACCUACUAGCCGCAGAAAGAGUACAUCCACCACGCCACCCAAUCUUUUCUCCUCCUCUACACCACCUACUCCCUCUUCGAACCGCACUAGCCAGUCGCGCGCAUCUUUCUAUGAGGGCCGUGAAACCCCUCGCCACCCUCGCAAUGCGCUCGGUGGUUCCUCCCUUGCUCUCCGGCCUGGUAGUCGAGAUGGCAGCGUCUCAGCCCUCAAUCCUGCUUCCAAUAGCAGUGCUGCUGCUGCGCCACGCACCCGACUUUCUCGAGGCAUGUCCAACAACCGGCUCUCGCAGGUUGGGAUUCUCCAGCAGGAGGGCAAGACGCCUAGCUCGCUGGGCCGUCGCCCAUCCAUCAUCCCUCGCAGACGGACCACUGUUGCCGACUCCGAGUGGAACUAG